AUGAAGUUCAAAGUAAUAAAAUUAUUAGUGAUUGCAUUAUUAUUGGAGUUGAGUGAAGGAAAAGGCACCUUCACAUUAAUUGCACCGAAGACGAUAAGAACAAGCAAAGAUUAUCGGGUUUCUGUCACCUCUCAAGGUUAUGACCAAGGUUAUGACAAUCCCGAAAUUUUGGAAGUUUCUAUCGUAAACACAGAACUGGAUCCUUUCUCUUCUGGCGGUGAUCAUGAUGAUUUUCCAUACAAAGAGUUUAGAAUGGCAAAAAAUGUUACAUUGGGCAAUGGAGGCACAGAGUUCGUGACGUUUGACUUAAAAGAUCUUCCUCAAGGAUAUUAUUCUCUCGAAACGAGAACUUUUUCCGAAAUUGGCUUUUACGGAUUUCGAGCAUUACACAUGAAUACAAAGAAUCAGACAGUUUUCGUGCAAACUGAUAAAUCAAUCUACAAACCCGCUGAUAAGGUGCAAUUUCGUGUGCUUGUUUUGGAUGGUGAUAUGAAGCCAUUGAUGGGAGUAGGAAAAGUUCAAGUUCAAAUCAACGAUGGAGCGAAAAACCGAGUAAAGCAGUUUGAUGACAUAACAUUGAUUAAGGGAGUCACCUUCACAUUAAUUGCACCGAAGACGAUAAGAACAAACAAAGAUUAUCGGGUUUCUGUCACCUCUCAAGGUUAUGACAAUCCCGAAAUUUUGGAAGUUGGUAUCAAAAGCACGGAGAAGAGAAAUGAUUCCUAUUCUGGUGGUUCUGAUGAUUAUUCAUAUUCAGGUGGAGAUGAAGAGUUUAAAAUGGUAAAAAAUGUUACAUUGAGUAAUGGAAGCACAGAAUUCGUGACAUUUGAUUUAAAAGAUCUUCCUCAAGGAUAUUAUUCUCUUAAAGCGAGAACUUUUGCCGAGACAUAUUUUUUCUUUUUCCGAGCAUUACAUAUGAAUACAAAGAAUCAGACAGUUUUUGUGCAAACUGAUAAAUCAAUCUACAAACCCGCUGAUAAGGUGCAAUUUCGUGUGCUUGUUUUGGAUGGUGAUAUGAAGCCAUUGAUGGGAGUAGGAAAAGUUCAAGUUCAAAUCAACGAUGGAGCAAAAAACCGAGUGAAGCAAUUUGAUGACAUAACAUUGAUUAAGGGAGUGUAUCAAAAUGAGCUUCAACUUUCGGACAUGCCAGUCAUGGGUAAAUGGAAUAUUCAAGUGAACAUAAAUGGAAAAAGUGAGAAAGUCAAAACAUUUGAAGUUGCUGAGUACACUUUGCCUAAAUUUGAAGUUACAAUCGAUUCAAAUCCUGAUGUAAGCUUUAAAGAUGGAAAGAUUCGAGCAACAGUCAAAGCCAAAUAUACUUUUGGUAAAAUUGCCAAAGGGAAUGCCACAGUUACUGCUGAAGUAACAUAUACCAGACGUCGGCGUUCAGGGGACCAUAGAAGAACACCAGUAACUGAAGCAAGUAGACCAAUCAUGAAAACUGUUGAAGUCGAUGGCAAGAAAUCUGUGGAAUUUGACAUUGAGAAGGAAUUAAACAUCGCUGAUCAUUCUUAUGAAAGAUCCGUCAAACUUUUUGCAACAUUCAAAGAAGAGUUGAGUGACCGAGAAGCAAAUGCCACAACAACGGUUAAGAUUCACCCAACCCCACAUUACAUCGAACUUAAAAAAAGUGAUGAUGAAUUCAAGCCUGGUCUUCCAUUUACGGCUACUGCAAUUGUCAAAUAUCACGAUAAAGGUGCUCCAGUUGAUGACAAAUAUAACCCAGUUGUGUUCACAAUUAAAUAUUCUUACGACGUUAUAAAAACUUGUGAAAGGCCACAUCGA